AUGGAGCUUUCCCGUUUCGCCAGUUACUUAAUUCCAGAUGAGGAAAAGAAAGCUGAGAAAUUCGAGCGCGGACUGGAUCGUAGGAUUCGAGAACGUGUGCGUACUCUCAGGAUUCGGAGUUUCACGGAGCUAGUCACCCGAGCUACCAUUGCUGAAGAAGACCUCCAAGAGAGCUUUGAGUACAACAAUCAAAGGAAGCGCCAGCAACAGCAACAACUCCAGACAGUGUCGCAUAAGGACAAGAGGCCUCAUAUCGAGAAUCGUCAAAGGCCACCACCAGCAGGGCAAACUUACCCCACAUGUGCAACAUGUGGAAAGCGACAUUUGGGAAAGUGUAUGUAUGGCCAGAACGUGUGCUUCAAGUGCGGGAAGCCAAACCAUCUAGCUCGGGACUGCCCAAUUAAGAAACCUGGGGAACCAGGUAGGAGCGGAGGACAUAAGAUUCAAGCUACGGCAAGAGUUUAUACCCUCACCCCUGUUGAUGCUGAGGCAUCAAAUGAUGUAGUCACAGGCACAUUAUCAUUGUUUUCACGACAUGCCUCCAUUUUAUUCGACUCUGGUGCUACUCAUUCUUUCAUUUCAAAUCAUUAUGCACCUUUGACUGAGAAGUUACCGGAACCACUAGAACCUAGCAUGUCUGUUGCUACGCCCUCGGGAGAGUACAUUAUUGUGAUUCUGUGCUAA